GUUUAAAUCCCAAAAUGAACGAGAAAUUAUUCUAUAAAACCUCUUUUGGAAAACAGAAGGUCUCUCUUGGUGAGCCUACUCAUAAAGUUAGAAACAUUCACUGAAAAGAAGGGCCGAGAAUUCCUGAUUUAAGCAGACGAAUGCAACAGCUUCAGAGAUAUCACAGCUCAAGACAACAAAACAGACUAACAAUUGACCAAUAUAACAACCAUAUGCCUACAGAAACAAUAUACACACCUUUGCACCAAUAUAAUCAAAGCUUGAUGCAAAGUACUAAGCACAAAGUUCCCAAAACUGCCAGGAGCUCCAUUCAAGGAGGAUGUAAAUAAAUCUAAAAAGAAGAGAAGAAGCUCUAACUGAAGCAUCAACAGGAACAACAAAUUAGCCCAAGAAAUCAAGAAAUCUAAGCUUAAAUAAAAAGAUCAAGUCGAGACAGUCUUUUGAUAGAGAGCCUAAGUCAAAAUCUAUGAAAUUCUUCAAACGUAGAAUCUUCAGAGCAUGGGUUAAAUAUGUCAGGAAUAGACGAAUGUCACUAAGCUUGUGAUCUACUCUGAGAAACGAGUAUAAAAGGAGGCAUCAUUCAAGUGCACAAGGGUUUAAUUUGCCUAAUCACCAGGCUCUAUCAAAGAUAGAGACCCAAUGAUUUUAUCCAACAUCUUCACAGACUUCUUUUCGAAACCCUAUGCCUGUUCCAACCUCUCUAACAUGCAGAAAUGCUAAUCAGUCUGCCAAAACACCUUACUUAACACAUAUUGUAUCAAAGUCCUCUAGGCCUAAUUCUCCUCAGUCAGAAGAAGCUUUAGCCCAGUCGAUCAAAACCCGUUGCCUUAAAGAAAGUAGCCUAAAAAUAGCUAAAAUAGCCUUAAAAGGCUGUUUAAAACGGUUGAAAAGGAAGGAAAUGGCAGAUUCUUGGAGGAUUUGGAGGGAUUUUUGAAGGAAAUGAAGAAGGUUAAGAGGGGUUGUGAAGAGGAGGUGGAGAAUGGAGAAAAUAAGGGCUUUAUCGAUUUGGAAGGAAGGUCUGUUUUUGGCAAAUAUGGUUCAUGCACAGAAGGUCAUGGAUGGGUUGCCUUUGAAAGUGGAGAAGAAUGUGUUGUAUGAUGUGGGAGGAGAGAUACAGGAUAUUUUGGAGAAGAAUUAUGUGUAUAAGGAUCAAGGAAGUAUUGUAUACACUCGGUUUGAUAAAAUGCUCAGGAUAAUUAUUGACAGAGUGAAAGAAAUUGAAGAUGGAGGUGUUACAAAUACAGACUUGUUUAAUUCUACUCGAAGUAAUUGGUUUUCUAGCCAAAUAAGUAAUAGUAAAAGCUUUCAAAGAAAGCUCGUAUUUGAAAGUAAUGUAAAGAAAUAUAUUGAUAAAUCUGUAACUCCAACUCAAAAUGAUAUCAGUAGUUUUAUUAAAAUUAAAGCCCCUCAAGAUCGUAAAAAUAUUAAAAGGAUUCAGACAAAUUCUAGUAGGAAUGAAGUUGCUAAAUUAAAAGUUAGUGAUCCUGUGAAAUUUAAAAAUCUUUAUACUCCCACAGAAAGUAAAAAUUCAGGUCCUCUUACUCUAUCAAGCUUAGAUUAUCUAAAAUGCUAUGAAAAAGCACCUCAUGAAGUUAAAAAGCCUCAAAAACCCGGGAUUACUAAAAACAACAGAGACAUCACACCUCCUCCUAUGCGCGACAUUGAGACCGAUCAAACAAUCUCUCUUUUCAACACCAACCCUAUUCCUUCUUCAAACGGACAAAAGCCAACACUCUCACCUUCAACCCAAGGAAUCUUGACUCCUCGAGACCAAAACCGCCCUCCCAAGUACCAAACCUGGGGAAGCCCUUCCAACUGCGACCAGACCACUGAAAGAGUCUACGCUAUGCUCCAACUAAACCAAAACCUCAUCCAAAAAUACAACUCUAUCAGAAGUCCUUCUACAGAGACCCCCACAGACCAGCCUCGACGAAUCAAAGCUGCUGACUUCCAUCCAAGCAAUAGGCCGCCUUGUCCUCCAAGGUCCCCAUUGACCAAGCGGUCAAUGGGAGAAGACAAGGAGAAUACAGGAAGAGAUACAACAGAGCUAUCGCCCAUUGACUUUUGUGUGGAAGGCACAAGUGGGUGUGGAAGGAUUGAGAGGGAUUUAAGAGGCCGAUGUGGAUAGGUUAUUGGGAGUUGGUGGAAAUAAAUUCAAUAUG